AUGGUUGCUAAAGUUCUUGUUCUUCUUGGUACUCUUAGAGCAAAUUCUAAUAGUGCUGCUUAUGCAAAUGCUUUUAUUGAAGGACUUAAAUCAAAGAUGGAAAUUGAUGUAAAAACCAUUAAUUUAACAAAGAAAGCAGUUAGUGGAUGUAGUGAAUGUUUUGCUUGUGUUCCUCACAAAGAAUUAUUUUGUACAGAAAAAGACGAAUUUAUAGAAAUAGCAAAUGAAUUUCUUAAUGCAGACAUUGUUUUAUUUGCACAUCCAGUAUUUUGGCUUUCAAUUCCUGGAGAAGUUAAGAACUUUAUUGAUAGAAUGAUUUGUGUAUUUGACUUUGAUACUAAUACAUGCAAAGAUUCAUUUAAAGAGAAUUUUGGAAAGAAAUAUGUUGUUUGUAUGCCAAAUUGUAGAAGAACAACAAAAGAAACUGCUGUGAAUGCUGAAAAGCCUAUUGAAUGUUUUUGUGAAAUGUAUGGAAUUCCAUAUUCUAGUGUUUAUUUAUUUGCAAAUAAUAUGGAUGUGACACAAAAUGUUCAACAAAAAGAAACUGCAAAGAAAGCAGGAAUUGAAUGUGGUGAGAAAUUAAUGAAACAGAACAAUCAAUUUUAA